AUGGAUAGACAGUCGAGUCGCCACUUGGUGGGACUCGAACCGCCGGCCGAUGCGGGGUCGGGGAGGACCGAUGAAACCGGUCGAGCCGGCAAAAGGGGCACCGUCGCAACUGGAAACCACUUCUUCCGCGUCGCCAGUCGUCGUGCCGGACAACCGACCGCCGACCGGAGGCGAGAGCAGCUUCACUUUGUCCCGUCGGCAACUCGACAGAGUAUGCAGUUGUCGCGAUGCGCCGAAAAUCCGACAUCCGUUGGCGUUCAUGACGCACGAUGA